AUGUCCAAGCCUGUGCCGAGAGACGCGAAGGGCGCGUUUGUCCGCGCGGCGACUUCGUUUCGCAAGUUCAUCCAGAAGGGGGGAGAGUUUCCACCAGAGAAAGGACGCUACCGUAUCUAUGUCUCCUACGCGUGUCCCUGGGCACAUCGCACCUUGAUCAUUCGCAAGUUGAAGGGUCUGGAGGAUUUCAUCGGGGUCACCGUUGUGUCUCCUCGCAUGGGCGCCGAAGGGUGGCCCUUCGCCUCCGUCGACGCAUUCCCAGGCGCAGACAUCGACCCUCACAACGGUUCAAAACACGUUAAAGAUCUCUACUCUCGUGCCGAACCCGACUACGGAGGCCGCAAUAGCGUCCCUGUGCUCUGGGACACCAAGAACAAGACUAUCGUGAACAACGAGAGCUCGGAAAUCAUCCGCACGUUGAACUUCGAGUUCAAUGACCUCCUUCCCGCCGACAAGGCGACCCUAGACUUUUACCCGGAAUCGCUGCGCAAAGAUAUCGAUGAGGUGAAUGAUUGGGUGUACUCCACCGUCAAUAACGGCGUGUACCGCUGCGGCUUUGCGUCGACCCAAGAAGCGUACAAAGAUGCCGUCACUAUUCUCUUCGCGUCCCUCGACCGUGUGGAGAAGAUGCUUACCGGCAAGGACUUUAUCGUCGGCGACACGCUCACCGAGGCAGACGUUCGCCUCUUCGUGACGGUCAUUCGCUUCGACCUGGUGUACGUCGGCCAUUUCAAAUGCAACUUGCGCACGAUCCGGGACGGCUAUCCUGAGAUAGAGCGUUGGAUGCGCCGGCUGUAUUGGACGAAUGAUGCGUUCUCGUCCACGACUAACUUUGAGCACAUCAAGACGCACUACUACUGGUCGCAUGAUUCGCUUAACCCUACUAGGGUCGUACCUGUCGGGCCGAACCCUCACAUUCGACCUGUUUGA